AUGUCCGGUAUCUCAAAGGAAUCAUUAGAACAAACCCUGAGAGAAAAACUUGAAGCUGAAUAUGUUGAAGUUAUUGAUACUUCCGGUGGAUGUGGACAAAGUUACGAUGUUAUAAUAGUGUCUAAAAUAUUUGAAGGUAAAAGUGUUUUACAAAAACAUCGAUUAGUGAAUGAAACAUGCAAAUCGGAAAUUGCACAGCUUCAUGCUUUCUCGCAGAAAAGUUAUACACCGGCACAAUGGGAGGCACAGAAGCAAAAAUAG